UUACCACACGCACGAUACACAUAACACACACAUACGAAAGUAGGGAUACGCUCUCGCUCGCGUAGCUGUAAACAUGGCCGUCAUCGUGCUUUGUGAUGACGAUUAUCCGCGUGAGUUUGUCGCACGGUCGUGUUGCGUCGCGUGCGAUCGCAAAUAAUAUGGACACGCGUGGCACCGUCAGUCCCGGGGACCCAGACUGUUGUCUGGGUGAGCAAUGAAUGUACUUCGCAUCCUGACACCGUGUGUGUUGCAACGCAGACGCAUAAGAAGUAUAGAUAGUACGGAUAAAAGGGAUUCCUGGUAUAUGAGAAGACAGCGUGGAGAUGCCUCUCACAUGACACAUAGAAUGGGUGCUUCUGCAUCAUCAAGCAUCACCAACGUAGGUGGAGAUCCAGUCCAAGCAGCCAGACUUUCAGCAUCGAGUAGUCCGGAGCAACAUGGCAUUGCAGUUAGAGAGAAAAAGAAGAAGAUGACAGGAUUUGCAACACUGCGCAAGAAAUUUAUCAGGAGACGCCGCUCCUCAAAAGCGUGCGAUCAUGGUAGAAUUAUUAGAGAUCUGGUGUCCACGUGGAGUCACUUGGAAGCAACGGCUCUGCUCGAAGAGUACGAGGCGUUGGCCGCGUUGAAAGAUCUUCAUGUUCAAGCUGAAUUGGCCAGACCGCCAGCCGCCACUUUCAAACAAGACCUGUCAAUGUUAUAUGAUUACAAACAUUGUUCCGAUGUGGAUCUUGUAUAUAGGGGAGCGUGCUUUCCCGUUCACAGAGCCGUGCUUUCUGCCAGAUGCCCGUAUUUUAGGGAUCUUCUGGCUGGUUGCCCCGGAUACGGGGCAAGAAUAUGUUUGGAGCUGAGGACUCCGCAUCUCGAGGUGCAGAUGUUCUCGGCGUUGUUACGGUACCUUUAUACCGGCGAUAUCUGUCCGCACGAUGCGACGUUGGAGGCGAAUCUGCUGCGGCGACUCGGCGAGGAGUUCGGAACACCGAAUCCGUUGGAGCACGAUCUCAGAUAUCUGCUGGACACCGGUGAUUACGCGGACGCCGCCCUCGUCUUCACUUCGGACAACGAUUAUCAACGACCGGACAGCGGGAGUUCGGAGUACGGAUUUCGUCCGAAAUUAGAGCUGCCAUGUCACAAAGCGAUACUCUCCGCGAGAUCUCCCUUCUUUCGAAAUUUAAUACAGAGACGGACCAGAUCGGGCGAGGAUCACACGGAAAGGGCGCUUCAUAUACCUACUAGAAUAGUGUUGGACGAGAGUGUGAUACCUAAACGGUACGCCAGGGUUCUGUUGCACGCCGUGUAUCUCGACACCGUCGACUUGUCGCUAAUAUUGCGGGGAAGCGGCUGCGGAAACAGCGCUGGUAGUCUGGGAGAGGUUCAAGCUCUGACACAUACGGGCCGAAUGCGACCGAGUCCUCUGGAAGAAGCGAUGGAAUUGUAUCAGAUCGGACGAUUUCUCGAGCUUGAUAUACUGUCGCAAGGUUGCGAGGAUCUUAUUUUGGAGUAUCUCACCCUGGAAUCGCUUCCGGCUGUUCUCAAGUGGGGCAGUCAACCUCACGGAUCAGCAUGGGUGCACAGACAAGCAUUACAUUACUUGAGGGAGGAAUUUCAGCCGAUUGCUUCGUCCUCGAUUCUCCAUCAGCUUGAUCAUGCCCACUUAGCGAACGUAUUACAGAGUCAUUUACAAGCGAGCGAACUUGAAGUACUGCAGGCAGUCCUCAAGUGGGGCGAACACGAAUUGGUACGUCGAAUGGAGGAUCGGGAGCCUAAUUUGCUCAGCCAUACCGUGCACUCCGUCACCAGGAAGGGUAUUAAGAAACGAGAUCUCAGCGACAUCGAAUUACGGGAGAUACUCAGCGAACUUUUACCGCUUGUCAGAAUAGAUCACAUAUUGCCGCCAAAUAGCGAAGCAUUAGCACAGGCUAUUAGGAGGGGACUGGUUUCAACCCCGCCGAGUCAUAUGAUAGGAGACGAAAGGGAUAACUUGCGGGUGAACGCUUGGAUAAGGGGCGGAAAAAAGAAUGGAUUUUUCGUGAGGCCGAGGCUAUUCAUGCCAUAUUACGAAGAGAUUAAGUCCUUGGUGGAAGAACAGAUGGUCCAGGAAGCUGAUCUAGUGAGAUUACGGAGGCCGCGAUACGUCGCGGAUAUACCGGAUGCGUUGUACAUGGUUGAGGAGAAACCAAGAGCCAUGGGUACCGCUGGUGUUGACGUCCUUGCUGCGGCGUUUCCAGUGCCAGAUUCUGCAACGAUGGCUGCUAUGCUAAAGCGAGAGCAGAAAUUGAAGCAAUCGCCGAGCUGUCAACGAGCUAUAAGCUUACCACUUUCCUCGCGACACGAAAUAAAUCGGCAAGUGCGAUUGCGCGUUGUCAGAGAAUUCAACCUACCCGACACCGUAGCCGAUCUUCUGGAGAACACAGCGUCUUACAGUAUGAAAGAGCAAAACGAGCAGAGGAUGACAGAUAUAGAGGACAUUGACUCGCCGGGCAUGGGUAUUCGUGUGAGAACUACCGCCCCGGUGUGUUACGGGAGGAACAUGACAUUUCCUCGGCCGACUUCGUCUUACGCACAUAGACACGAACUUCCAGCUAUAGUGACCGAGGGAGAGAGCUGCAGACUUCUGGCCGAGCAACAAGAGGCCAACUCGUGUAGCGACGGCCAAUUGUCGGGCGUGAUGCCGGACGUAGCGAUGGCGACGGCCUCCUUCGGCGCUUUGCAUUUAAUCGAGGAACAGGAACUGGAAUUGGAUCUCGGUGACGGGGCGUCGCACCUCCUGCCGCACAUCUCCCCGUCGAGUGGCGGAAGCAUCGAGGCCCACCGAUCCUCGCUUCCUCAUCAGCAUCAGAGGCACUUCUCCGGCCCGCCGCCCCCACCUUACGUGUAUCACCGAGCUGGCACUGCCUUACCGAGGUUUAUUUGAAAUUUAUAUACAAUAUGCGGUAGGAGCGAACAAAGUGGCAACUACUGAUCUCUUUUUCUUCUUUCUCUUUCUCUCUCUUCUCUUUAUCGUCCUUUAUUAUUAUGUAGCAAUUUAUCGUAGCAUAUAUAUAUAUAUAUAUAUAUAUAUAUAUAUAUAUAUAUAUAUCGAUUAAACCUUGUUAUUGCGGGUACAAAUUUAUUACAAGAAUAAUAUAACACUGUUCGACAAAAAAUGAUUUUUUUUUUCGAAUACCGGAACGAGACUAGCCGUUUCUUAUAUGUAGCUUUUUGGACGCUGAACAUCUGUUUUCAAAAUUGCUCCAUUACAAUUUUAAGAGACAUGCAAUUAAGAUUAAGGCUCCUGCAUACUCAAUUGCCAAGUCCGCGUUGAUAGUGACGACUUAAUUCAAAACAAUGGAAAUAAGAAUCUCUAUAUUGUUUCAUCGAUAAAAAAUUGUACUAUAAUAAAGAAAAAUUAUAUGAUUAAUAAAUAAUACGAUUUUGUUUAUUAAUAAUAAGCAUAAAUGACAUUUUAGCAAGCUAAGAUUUUUUGGGGAUUUAUAGCGUUAUUUUUCAUUUUACUGUGGUGUUUUUAUGUUUAAAAUAAUUGCCGUGGUGUUAAAAUAUACCGACGACUCUUAUUUUGGCAUAAUAUGUGAAAACAUAUAAAUAUUUAUUUCAUUUGGAUAUACUUGUCAAACAGCUGGUUUGCGUCCUUGAUUAGGUUUAAUUCAUAAUUUGAUAUAUACAUAUACACAUAUUAUUUAUUGAUUACUCAAACAAAAAGAGAGUUCGAUAUAUUUUACAUGUCUGCUUUAUUGACUUCAAACGCUAUUUUAUUGAAAAACAUUUUUAUUUUAACGUAAGUCGCAAAAAUUUUUAUGAUAUAUUUUCUCACUUUUGACGUUAUCAACCCAAGAUGGCCCCUGAGUAUACAGGAGCCUUAAAAUUGCAAAAAAGGAUUAUUUUCACAAAUUUUGUCGUAAUAGCUACAAAAUGCGACGUGCUAAAGAAAUUUUUUGUCAUCAAAAUAAAGUCUAUUGUUGGGACUUUUAACUUUCAAUAGGAAUUUUCGAUGUUAAUGUGGUUCAUAAAAUAUCUAUAGUUGAAUAUGAGGUAUUGCAGAAGUUAGCUGACUAAAUAAGUGACUUAGGUUGACGAGUUACAAACAGUUUUUAAUCAUGUUUAUUUAUUCUUAAAAGAUUUUUAGGCCACUGAAUACGAAUCCAAUGUCAAAAUUAUCAAAAUGGUGAAUUUAACGAAUUUAUAAAAAAUAUUUUUUUUAAUUUCUAUAUCCCCUAUUUUGAGUACUAUUUUGAAUUUGACAAUUUUGACAUUGAUUUCGUAUUCAGUGACCUAAAAGACCUUUAAGAAUAAAUAAAUAAUAAAAUUGUUUGUAUCUUGUCAACCUAAGUAAAUCACAGCUAACUUCUGCAAUACCCUAUAUUCAACUAUGUAUAUUUUAUGAACUAUAACCGAUAUCGAAAAUGCCUAUUGAGGGUUGAAAGUCCUAAUAAUAUACCUUAUUUUAGUGGCAAGAAAACUUCUUUAGCACGUCGCAUUAAUUAUUGUAGCUCUAAUAUGACAAAGUUCGUGAAAAUAACUCUUUUUUGCAACUUUAAUUGCAUGUCUCUUAAUAUUGUGACGUGAUGGAGUAAUUUUGAAGACAGAUUUGUAUUCAGCGUCCAAAACACUAAAAAAAAAAAAAAAAAACGAUUAAUUUCGUGCCGGUAA